AUGUCCUACGAUGCCAUCCAAGGCAGCCUCGACGUGUCCCUGCCGCGCCACCAAAAGCCGAGCUUCCUCGCGGUCGGCUACAUGGUCUUACUGGGAGACACGGUCCGCGGCAUCUUCUUCCCGACGCUCUGGCCCCUGGUCUCGAGCUUCGGCGGCACGCGCGCGGCGCAGGGCGUGGUGGUGGCCGCCUUCUCCAUGGGCCGCGUGCUCGUGAGCCCGUCCUACGGCGCCUACUCGACGAAGCACGGCUACCGCAAAAUACUCGUUUUUGCGCACUGCCUCAUCGUGCUCGGCGCGCUGCUGUACACGCGCGUCUGGAACGUGCCCUCGCUCGUGUGCGCGCAGCUGAUCCUGGGCUUCGGCUGCGGCACGCUGGGCGUGACGCGCGCGUACUUCGCCGAGAGCGUGCCGCGGGACCAGCGCACGGUCUGGCUCGGGCGCGUGACGGCGGCGCAGUACUGCGGCCUCACGUGCACGUCGUUCCUCGGCAGCCUGCUGGCACGGACGGGCGAGCGGCUCGAAAAAGACGCGUCCCUCGCGUGGCUCAACAUCUCUCCUUUGACGUGCUCCGCCUACGCGGUGCUGCUCAUGGCCCUCGUCGCCCUGCUCUUGCUCCAGGCCCCGAGCUUUUACGACUUCGUGCCGGCGGACCGCCAGGCGGGUGCGACCGUGGCGCGCGAGGACGGCGUCCAGACGGACGACGAUCGAGCGCACUUUAGGCUGGUCGUCGUCGGCCUCGUGCUGAAUAUCAUUACGAAGGGCAGCAUCGGCUGCUACGAGACGCUCGGCGUGAGCUACGCGCAGGCCAACCUGAAGAUGGACGGCCCGACGGUGGGUUAUUAUGUUGCGGCGUGCGGCGUGCUGGGCGUCGCGUUCUUGCUGUCGUUCAAGCAAUUGGGGAGGCUCUUUGAUGAUGUGGAACUCAUUCUGUACGGCAUCGGGGUCAUGGUCCUGAGCUGUUUAUUGAUGGUGCGGAAGUUUAGUGAAGAUAUCAUCGGCGACGACGACCAUGAUGUGGACGCGUUCGCGGCCUGGCUGACGGCCAUCGUGGGCAUGUACGGCAUUGGGUAUCCCAUCGGACACACGGCGGUCAUCGGCUGGUUCUCAAAGGCCAUGAAGCACCGGCCGCAGGGCAUGCUCAUGGGCCUCUUCGCGUCGGCGGGGUCGGUCGCGCGCAUCGUCUUCCCGAUCUGCUCGGGCGUCGCGUCGGACCUCUGGGGGCCGGACGUGGUCUUCGCGUGCCUGGCGGCGCUGCUCGGCGCGACGCUCGUCAUUUUGGUGGUGAAGCGCCGCGCGUUCCGGGAGGCGAUAGCCUAAUCUUAUUUUGGUAAGUA